AUGAGUGACAAAAAAAGUGACCUUUCUAGCGAAGAUUCUUUUCUAUCUGAUGAGGCCAGUGAUAAUAUAUCAGUUGGUUCUAGUAGUGAGGCCGCUUCAAUAAUUUCCCUAGAAAAUCAAUCACACGUAACAAAAAAAAUUAAAUGCGACCAUAAAUUUUUGCAUGACAAUAGUAUUAGAAAUAUGAGUAGUCAUCUUCAAGACAAACAUAAUCUAUAUGAAAAUAAAAAUAAAAACCAAGAUCAUACUGUUCAACAAAUAUUGAAGGAAACUCUUGAACAG